UCUUUUUAAUUAAUGGAGCAAGGCCGUUAAAUAGCGAGACCUGCGGACAGGUCAACUCGUUCUCCUUCCUCUUCCAGAGUUGGAGAAUCAAUCUCAGUAAAGAGGAGGCGCGCCAUUGAAGAUCCAUCUCCUCUGUCUCUUCCCCCCCCCCCAAGCAGUCGAGCAAGUUCUUUCAACUACUGAUGCUGUAUGGGGUCAGACAUUUAUAUUGAUGAAAGUACAGGUCUUACUCACAGCAGAAAGAAGCAAGUUUUGUCCUUCCUGUCAGAAGAAAUGUUAGGUUUUGAAAAUUCUAUUCAACCCUCACGUGAACUUUGUGUAAGUUUUGAGUACCAGUGCAACGUUGAUGCCAAGGACACUUCUUUGCAAAUUGAUGAGCUUGAGAACAUAGGGAUUAAAAUUCCGAGCACCAUCAGAAGGAACAGCAGCUUUUCUUGUUUGUCUGGUGCUGCACUAAGUGCCAAUGCCACUUUAGCAAACACAAAUAUGUUAAAUGGUCUCAUUGGACAAGAGAUACUACCUAGCCUGGAUUCUCCGAAUUCCUUUCGGCCGUUGUCAUCUUCUCCAUCUCUUUCAAGAUUGGAUCCUUUAUCAUCUUCUCAGAGCAACAUAUCUGCCUUGGUUGGGAGCCUAUCAAAUGACAGUGAUUUCCUUGAGAAUGAUAAAGAUUUGUCGAAAACCAUGAGUACUGCAAAUGUUGAGGCAUCAACCUUUCUAAAUGCUAUGAUGGAUGUACAAGUGGCUGGUGGAGCUGCAGGUGAAGACAGGCUCCAGGCUGUCUGUUCCGAAGAAAAUGGAUGGUUAUUCUGUGGAGUAUAUGAUGGCUUUAAUGGACGUGAUGCAGCUGAUUUUUUGGCUGUGACUCUCUAUGAGAAUGUUGCAUUUUACCUGCAUUUGCUGCAUGAGAAUCAAGGAGAUGCACCUUUAAGCCUGAAAAGCUCCCUUGAAGGUAUAGCAGAUAACCAAAUUGAGACUUCUGAUAAUAGAGUGGACAGGAAUAUGUUUCCAAAAUCUUCUGAAGAGUUGUCAUCAGAGCCAUUUCGGCAUGGUGUUAUGGAUUGCUUGAGGAGUGCGGUUGUGCAGGCAGAAAAUGAUUUUAUGCGUAUGGUUGAACAAGAAAUGGAGGAACGUCCUGAUUUGGUGUCUGUCGGGUCAUGUGUUCUAAUCGUGCUUCUUCAUGGGAAGGACCUAUAUGUGUUGAAUCUUGGUGACAGCAGAGCUGUACUGGCAACCAUUGAUGCAUCUAAAGAUGGAUUAUUGCAAGCUGUGCAGCUGACCGAAACACAUACAGUUGAUAAUAGAGCAGAACGAAAUAGAUUAUUGGCUGAACAUCCUUAUGAUCCAUCAACUAUAACUGGGGGAAAAGUGAAAGGAAAACUGAAAGUCACUCGUGCAUUUGGAGUUGGUUACUUGAAAAAGAAAAUAAUGAAUGAUGCACUGAUGGGCAUUCUUCGAGUUCGCAAUCUGUGCAGUCCUCCAUAUGUUUCUACAGAGCCAUCUACAGUGAUCCAUCAUGUGUCUGAUGAUAAUCUAUUUGUCGUUAUUGGGAGCGAUGGUCUGUUUGAUUUCUUUACCAACAAUGAAGUUGUUCAUCUUGUUUACCUUUUCAUCCGGAAUAACCCAUUUGGUGAUCCAGCAAAGUAUCUGCUGGAGGAGCUGUUACUGAGGGCUGCUGAAAAAUCAGGUAUGACUGCAGAAGAGUUGAUAAGGAUCCCAGCUGGGAGAAGAAGAAAGUAUCAUGAUGAUGUUACAGUGGUCGUUAUAAUGCUUGGACAUAAACAGCGGACAACAACUGCAUCUACGACAUUAUAGAUCUCAGGAGAUGGAUGUACAUCUCCGUGUUAAUCCUAUCAAUAUACUGAGAAGAUAUAUGACGUAUAUUGAUUGUACAGUUCCUAAAUCUAGUUAGCAAAGUUAUAUGGCUAGAUUGGCCCCUAAAGUGCUUCAAGGACCAUUUUGAUGUUUCUUUAAGGACCAUUUUGAUGUUUCCUAAAGUGCUUCAAGGACCAUUUUGUUGUGAAUCAAUUGGUGUAAUAGAUGGUUCUAUCAACAUUAUGCACGUCUCUUGAUCUAGUAGGGUAACGUUGACUUUAAAUGGUCCAAAAUGGUGCAAUGUCCAGUUCAUAUUGAGAUCAAGAUUUCUGUGAGUAGGGAUAUGUUUCUUUGUCUGGACAAUAAACAAUAAGGUUUUCCACUGGACAAAAUAGGAUCCUUUCCAUGGCUAUGUACGAAUUAAUAUUACUGGACCCAAUCUUUAUACACUUUCA